UUUUAGAGUCUGGUUAGGAGAAUUCAAAUGAACAAAAUUGGUAAACUUCAGAGUAGAGCAACACCACAGUGAACACUGUUGAAGCUCCUCUGUGACAAAAAAGAAGUUACAUAUAUUUUUUCAAAAAGAAAUGGGAAGCUAGAGAGAUGCUUCAGAAACUAAGAGUGCCUCCUGUUCUUGCAGAAAACCCCAGUUCACUCCCCAACAUCUCCUGUAAACUCCAGCUCCAGAAGAUUAUACAUCCUCUUCUGCAUUCAUGUGCGUGCACAUGCACACACACACUCGUGUGCGCACGACAUGCUCACACUUACUUGUACAGUAAGACAUAUAGAUGUGUAUACGUACAUCGUGAAUUUGUGUGUACACACAUACACACCAUAUUUUCAUUAUCCAUUCUUUCGCUGAUGGACAUAUAGGCUGGCUGCGUUUCCUUGUUAGUCGAGCAGCAAUGACUGUGGAUAUACAAGGACUUCAGUGGUAGGAUAUGGAGUCCUUUGGGCAGAUGCUUAGAGUACUAUAGCUGGGUCAUAGGUAGCUCUAUUUUAAAAGUUUUGCCUCCUGUGAUUUCAAUAAUGGUUGCCCUAGCUUAUAUCCUUAUCAGUAGUAAAUAAGGUUCCUCUCCAGCCACACUCUUACCAGCAUUGGUCAUCAGAUUUCUUGAUGAUUUACUAUAGAAUCUUGAAUAGGUGUCUGUGUCUCAGACCUCAGGCUUCUCUGUAAAAUGUGGACUCUGCUGACACUCACCUCACCAGGGUGCAGGCAGAAUGGACACAGUGCUGUGAGAACAGCUGAUAGAGGCCUGGGUGUGCUUUCUGCAAUGGAAAUAGCCAGGCUAAGGUUAGGAAUUACACAGCUAUUGCUCACUCUUUCACCAAGUCAAUGAAAUGAAUUCCCCUGUGGUCUCCCUGCUCUGCCCUGGCUCCCUUACACAGCAAACAUGAGCCUUUUGAAUUUUAGGUCAAGCUGUUAUUUCUUGACUCAGAAUCUUCCACUGACUUUCUCUCUACCCCACCCCCAUCUUAGUAUACAGCCUAGGCUGGCCUUGAACUCAGUCAUCCUGCCUCAGCCUCCUGAGUGCUGUGAUUACAAGUGUGUAUCAGCCCCCUCAACUAUCCAGUGACUUUUUAUUCAUGAAGAUAAAAGCUGGAGUAUGUGUAGUGUGGGGACCUUGGCAGGGCAGCAAUGACCAGUGCCCUAGAGUUCACUGUUCCUGGUCUCUAAGUGCCCAUGCUCACUCCCCCUCCUAGAACCAGUCUUGUGUUCCAGCUCCCAUGUCCCUGUGUGUACACAUGCCUGGAAGCACACGUGGAUGACAUGGUGAUGAGAAUAUGUACCCAGGACAUUUUGUAACAGGGAAGGAAGGACAUUGACCACUGCUCUGGGGGUACCAAAGGUCACAAGGCUAAGAAAAAGCCAAGCGUAUUUGGGCGGCCUUCCUCUCUAAAGUGAGUCAUUUCCUGAGGAAUGUUGGUCAUUCAUUCAUUUGUUCAUUAAAGUUACAGAGUUCAUGCUGUAUGUCAGGCAUACAGCUAAAGGUUAAGCAAAUACUAUGAGCACCAUCUUGUCAUUCAACUGACAUUCUAGUAAGAGAAAAAGAGUCUAAGUACUUAACAUAUCAGGUAGUAUUUAGGACCACAGGGAAAAUACAAGAGAAGAAAAUGUUCUGUUGCUAGCUAGGGUUGUCAGGAAGGCCUCUGAUAAGGGCUUCCUUGGGCCUGAUUGCAGUAAAGUGUGAUCCAUGCAAGUAUUAGGGGAAAGAAUAUUGAAAUAGAGGGGACAGCAAGUCCAAAAAAGACUUCAAAUAUGUUAGUAUCAGAGAGGUAAAGAAUGUGUAGAAGUUGAGCCUGAAGUAGCCUGCAAUCAGGUCCUCCUACAGACCUACAUAGAGCAUUGCUUUCAUUCUGACAGGCAUAGAGGGGUUUUGAGCCAAGAAAUGACCAGAACCAACUUACGCCUUAGGAGAAUCUCUGCUCUCUCUGAAGCAGGGAUCUUAGCCUGUAGUUGCCACCCCUUUGGGGGUCAAACAGCUCUCUCACAGUGUUUGUAUAUCAGAUAUUUACAUUAUGAUUCAUGGCAGCAAAAUUACAGUUAUGAAGUAGCAAUAAAGUAAUUUUAUGUUUUGGGGUCACCACACCAUGAGGAUUAAAGGAUCGCAGCGUUAGAAAAGUUGAGAACCACUCUGCUCUGGAGAAUGAAGUACUCAGGCAAGAGUGGGAACAAGAUGGCAGUAGCUGCCUGUACCAGGCAGAUUUAUGGCAGACAUGAGGAGCAAUGGUCAUAGCUUGAUACACUGGGUUUGCUGCUGCUUGGUGGGAGGAAGGAGGAAAGAGAGAGGGCCCAGCUAUCCAGCCUGAACAAUGAGGAGGUACUUGCUCCAUAUAGAAUACACUAGAACCUUAAGUAAUUGUUUUCUGCUGGGCUGUGGCCUUUUGUAUUCAAGUGUCAGUUACUUGCUCUUUGACUUUGGGCAAGUGUUUAAUUAACUUUGCCAAGCUUCAGUUUCCUCAAAUGGAAAAGACUCGUGAGAAAAGACUCGUGUCUAAGCAUUAAGCAGUUGGGUGCUGUAAAAGCUAAAUGGGAGUAACUUGUGUGUAUGACAGAAUACUGGCACUGCCUACUCUGAAUAAGCUCUGACUAAGAGAGGCAUAGGCUACUGUUGUUAAGAGGCAGGGAGUUCCAAGGCUAAGCAGGCUUCUGAAGAGCAGGGAGCAGGCUCCACCCCAUUUCCACCAUCCCUUCAAGAAGCCCACCCUCCAGGAGACAACUCAGACACCAUCUGUCCAGCAGAGGAAAGCCACCGGGAGACAGCUUUCAAGGGAGCAUUAGAUAGAAGAGCCCUUCCCAAGAAACCUAAUCUCACUCUCAGCAGGUGAUAAUCCCAGCAGCCUCCCCUGGUAUCUGAGCCCAGCCCACCCACUUCCUUCUCCUCCCCCAUCCGGCCACCUAGGCUCUUUCCCCUACUCACGGUCUUCAGGCGGCCACCCGGAAGACUUAGCAGCUGGAAGAACUCUAAUAGGAGGCCCACCUCUGAUUGGACCAGCCCGUCACAUAGAUCAGGUCACCGGGGACUGUAGGUACCACCUGUCCAGACCCCUCCCCCAGGUGCCUGUUCCUGGGUGUGGAGCUUGAUCCCUGCCGAAGCCAGCUGGAGCCAGGAACUCCCACUGUGGCCCAGCUGCUGCCCUCCCAUCCUUUUGGCAGAGAACAGAGCUUAACCCUUCAGGUACCACACGUGUAGUCAUUUAUGGUCACAGUUCUUCCUUGCACACACAGUGAAUUGUUUUGUAAAAUUAAUGUAUUAUAAAUACAAUGUAUUAUAAUGUAAUAAUGUAUUAUAAAUACAACAGAGAGUUGUUUGGUUUUAGUCUUUUGAGACAGGGUCUUAUUGCUAGCCCAGUUUGGCUUGGAAUCUACCAUAUGACUCAGGCUGGCCUAGAACUGGGAACAGUCCUCCUGCCUCAAACUUCCUAGUACUGGAAUUUGUAUGAUAUGUGCCACUUGCCUGGCAACAUAAAAUAACUAAUGAAUAUAUAUAAUUCCAAGAAUAGAAAACAUGUGUAAACAAACUCUAUACCCAGCUUUAAAAAAUCAGAAUAUGGAGAGCUAUUCAGUGACACCCUCUCAGGGGAAAAAAAAUUAAAUAAAUAAACCAAAAA